AUGGAUGGGACACGGUUAAAGAAUACUUGGAUAGUCCGUUUGCCGACAAUAAAGAAGAUGCUAGUGAUUUGCGUGCUGCUAUUUCCAGGGCUUCUCGUAAAAGAAGUUCCAAGCCGUACAGUAAACCAGAAUCUUCCAAUAGUGGUUCCAGAAAAGGAGAAUUCAAUUCUAGGAGUUUUUUUCGUGGCCUUGGCCAAGUCAGUGAUACCGAGUUCUCCAAAGCAGGCAUGUCAGAAAGUUACAAGUGUUUCUAUUGUAACCAGCCCGGGCACUUUGCAAGGAACUGCCCCGAAAAAAGGAUUCCUACAGCGACAGUUGGUGCAACAAAGUUCCAGGAACAGAACACAGGAAAGACCCAGUAACAAAACAGAUACAGACAUAGAUGAAGUUGAGUAUUGUUUUCAAUUUGUUAACAAGUAUGAGAAAAAAUCUGGUCAAAAUCUUAUAAAUGUGAAAGGAAAUUUAAGAAAACAUGCAUUGUUUUGGAAAAAUGUACUUAACGCUAAUGAUUUUAUAAUGAAUGUUAUUAAUUUUGGUUAUAGAAUUCCUUUUCUGAGUGUACCACCGACUAUUUUUCUAAGUAAUAAUAGAUCCGCGUUAAAACACUCAGAAUUUGUAGAACAUUCUAUUGAAGAGCUUUUAACUAAAGAAUGUAUAAAAGAAGUAAAUCGACCAUUUGUCGUUAAUCCACUUACUGUGUCGGUAAAUAGUACGGGUAAAGAAAGAUUAGUCUUAGAUUUGAGACAUGUUAAUAAAUUUGUCGAGAAACAAAAAGUUAAAUUUGAAGGGGUUAAAGAAGCUAUGACAUUUGUAAAUUUUAGCGGUUUUGGAUUUAAAUUUGAUUUAAAGUCUGGUUAUCACCAUAUAGAAAUUCACCCUGAUCAUCAAAAAUAUUUAGGAUUUUCUUGGCAAUAUGGUGAUACAGUGCGUUAUUUUACUUUUUCGGUUUUGCCUUUUGGACUUUCACCAGCUGGUCAUAUAUUUACCAAGACAGUACGUGUGUAA